UUUUAAUCAAGCAGGUCUUUGUUUGCGGGAAAUUGUAAACACUAUUUGAUAACAGAUCUACGAUUAUUUCUCGUGCAAAAUGUGUGAUCUUCAGACAUUUAGCCAAAAAAUUGGUGUCACGUCACCGAGAGUUAUCAGGAAGGCAAAGGAAUACAGUCAGCUGGUGGACAUUCGAAGCAGUAAUGCCAGCCUCGCGGCUCUCAAGUUAACAGGUGCCUGUAAAACUCUUGCCUGCAUCGACCUGGCCGCCUCCAUGUUGAACCACUAUGUGGACAAGGCGUCAGUGGUGCGGGUCUCUGGCACCACGAAGCAGCAGUACUUGGUGUGUCUGAAGACCAUUGAAAGUAUCCUGGAAGUACAGAGGGUUACCACAGUAAGGGACCUGGCCGUGCAGUUUGGAUGUCCAGGUGUAGUGGAUCUCGCUCAGAGAAUUCUUCAAAAGUACUCUGCGAGUAAGCAAGUGGGAGGGGACGAUAUGGACUUCAACACCAGCCUUUUCCAGGGGGCAGCGCUAUGUGCAGCAUGCAGGAAACAGAAGAUGAAGGUUGACAGGGGAAAGUUCAAGGAGUUGUGUGCUGUCAAGAGGUCAUGCUUUGAUACCCUCACUACAGAGAUGGAGAAAAUUGCUGAUAGUUUAGAAGGAGAAAAGAAGAGUACAACGAAGAAACGAGGGUCCACAUUGUUAGAUGAAAUAGAAAGGCAAGCACAAGACAUGCCAGAAAAGAAACCACGAGCUGAUGAUGAGGAGGAGGAAGUGGAGCGACGCAUAGACUUCGAGGAAUGGAAACGGAAAAUUUUGGAAAAUGCUGCAAAAGCAAACUCUUGAUGAAAAGGACAGACUGUGAAAAAGACCACAUUGAUGAUUUGUGUAUCUGUUAUUAGGCUUAUUAGCUUGUUUCAAAGUACUGAUAGAAAUGGAAUUGUAAGGCACACCAAGCAUGCAGCAUCUGGAACUUGAAUCAUCACUUAAUUCGAAUGAAAUAAGUACAUGUCACCUGCAUGUAUGUUAAUGUCAUAUAUGACUAAACUACAAAUGACAAUGAAUUAUUGAUCAUUGUUUUGGUUAUUCGAUUUCCUGUUUUGGUAUUCUAAUAUUCUUUGAUUCAUUUGUACAGGCCAUACUAUGUAUUUUAGUUUACACCAUUAAAUUCUUUUGUAUGUAAAUUUUUUAAAAAAUGUAAUUUUAUCAAAAUUACAUAAUUAUACAUGUCAUGGAAACAAGGUUCAUACUUAUUCUCAUAGGUCAGAUAUUUGUUGGUUGUAAAAAAAAUGUUGAUGUCAGUUUAAACAUAAUUUAUUGCUUUUGAA